GAAUGCUAGUCGUCCGUGGGGGAAGGCAUGGGAUGGGCGGCUGUCUCAGUUCCCCAGAACCGGGGUCCUCUCCAACCACAUAGACUUUGCCGACACCGAGACCCAGCCAAGCAGAGCGGAGGCACACAGCCGGGGAAGCACGUUAUCCAAACCCAAAGGCAAACAACUGUUUGAUCUGUUGGAUGAGCAUGGCAGCGGGGCGUGCGUGGAGAAUACCAAAGACGAAACGAGCGGACGGCAGCACAGCAGCAUUGUCCCUUACAAUUA